AUAAAACUGAUGGACUCAGAUGAUGAAAAACAAGUAGCCCUUCCACCUAUUCGAAUAAGAAGUUCAGAAAUGAAACAGAGUCUUAUGAAAGAUAUAUUGUUAAGUAAGACAAACAUUUAUCGUAAACUUUUAGAAUUAGAUGAAUUAUUCAAAAAAUAGACAUUAGACAAGGAUGUAUGUGUUGAAUUAGUCAAACAUUUGAGAUCUAAACCAGAGUACAAGAUAAGUAUACUCUUUUCUUUAAUAAUUUAGUGGGUGAAGGCGAGUGGCAAUGCAUUAUAGGAUCGAACUUCGGAUGUUCCUUAAGUUAUGAUUUAGAACUUUUAACCUUUUUUGAUUUUUUAUCUAAUGGGAAAUCAGUACUCCUCUUCAAGUCAGGAUGAUAAAUUUAUAAUGUCAAGAUUGAUAUAUAAUAUAAUAAAG